AUUGUCCUCCAGUGCUCUUUUUGUUUCUGUUAUUUUUCAAAUCCAUAUUUUGCAUCGUUGUCCUCUCUCAUCAAUUAAAUCCAUGCAGCUAACCUAUUCUUCGGCCAAAUCUCGUUGGUAGGCCUUAAAAGAAGUCCACUAUAAAAACCAAACCGUACGGCAAUUAAAGUGUCUUACUUACUCAUACUGCGACUGCAUGCAUCCCUUCUCUCUCCACAUUUAACUCGGAAGAAUCCAGAUCCAAUAUUCCAUCCCACAUCUCACUUCUAUCAUUAUACCUCCUAAAAAUGUCAAAACACAUAUGCAUUUUCAAUCGAUCUCUUCUUUUUAUGGUCGCACUUGUAGAGCUGUUGCUUGCAGUAGAUUCAAGAACCUAUCCUGGAGACGUAAGAGCAUUAAAAGAUCUAAAGAAUGGACUGGACCCCAACUCUAUAGUUCCAGCAUCUUGCCUGAGUUCAUGGGACUUCUCAUUAGACCCAUGCGAUCACAUCUUCAGCAACAAAUUCACUUGCGGUUUCAGGUGCGACCGAGUUACCUCUGGCUCAUUCCGAGUCACCGAGAUCACUAUUGACCCUGUCGGUUACUCUGGUUCCCUUUCUUCUAAUUGGGACCUUCCUUACUUGCAAACUCUUGACAUCUCCGAUAACUCCUUCUCUGGCUCAAUUCCCGAGUCUCUCGCCAAACUUAUUCGCCUCCGUCGGCUUAGUCUCUCCAAGAAUUCUCUCUCUGGUGAGAUACCCGUCUCUCUUGGGACUCUAUCUCACCUCGAAGAGCUCUACCUUGAUAACAACAAUCUUCAAGGACCUCUACCAUCAAGCUUCAGUUCUCUUGUAAGCUUAAAAAGACUAGAAAUUCAAGAAAACAAUAUCUCCGGUGAGUUUCCUGAUUUGGGAUCAUUGAAAGACUUGUACUUUCUUGAUGCUAGUAAUAACCAAUUAUCUGGGCCAGUUCCAUCGACAUUGCCUAUGCAUCUUGUCGAGCUCUCAAUGCGAAACAACAACUUACAAGGAAAUUUACCUGAUAUUCUGGAAGAUUUAGAGUAUUUAGAGGUUUUUGAUCUCAGCCACAAUCUACUAUCUGGGCCAGUAUUAUCAGUUCUUUUUGACCAUCCUUCUCUUCAACAACUUACUCUCUCUUACAACAAUUUCGCGCACUUGCAAGUGCCAGGAACAAGGGGUUCCACAAGUAAACUAAUAGCUGUUGAUUUAAGCUACAAUAAUCUUCAAGGACUAUUACCAGCAUUCUUUGGCCUGAUGCCGAAGUUGUCAGCUUUAACUUUGGAGCAUAACAAGUUCACAGGGAUGAUACCAACACAAUAUGCACUGAAAGCGGCAGUAACCAAGGGUCAUACGUCGUCAUUUGAGAGGCUGUUAUUGGGUGGGAACUAUUUGUUUGGACCCAUUCCGGGUCCUUUGAUGGGCUUAAAGCCGGGUUCUGCAAACGUAAGCAUAGUGGAUAAUUGUUUAUACAGGUGCCCUGACACACUUUUCUUCUGCCAAGGUGGUGAUCAGAAGUCGUUAGUGGAUUGUAAGAGCUUUGGCCCUGCUAUUCCUUAAUUUACACACAAUACUAUACAAUAGUUUGUAUUAUAUAAUUAUCUUUUCUUA